AUGGCAAUGCUAGCUUCAAAGAAUCCCUUUCCCGCAUCGCUGGGCCCGUCCUCAUCUUCCUUUCCUUCUAAUUCACAAACAGCGACUGCUCAAUCGAGUAGAAGAGCACCCGCCAUGUUGGCCACAAAUCAAACAUUCGCGAGUCCGACAGAAUCUGAGUUUUCAGAUGUUGAUGGUCCAGAGUCUGCGAAAAGAUGGGACGAGGAUCAAGUUGGCGACUGGCUAAGGAGCAUCAACUGUGGCGACUAUGAGAAGUUAUUCAAGAAAAAUAAUAUAAAUGGCGAGAAUCUUUUGGAGAUGGAUAAAGCAGUACUUCAGGAAAUGGGUAUUGAAAAGAUAGGAGAUCGCGUUCGUUUAUUCUUGGGCAUCAAGAAGCUCAGGACGAAGGCGUAUGCCAACCAGAAGAAAAGAAACAGGGAUUCUUUCGCGACCUUGGAUACUUUUGCACACACUCCAUCUUCCUCUGGUUCACCUCGCCCCACAAACUCUGGAAGUCGAAACAUGUCUACGUCUACCAAUAAGAGAUUCUCAAGGCAGUUUGAUACAUUCAAUACCGCUACAGCGAUCCCCGAGAAUGUUAGCAAAGCAGUUUCGCGACCUGUCUCACCAUUAACAAACUCUGAAGUUCGGCCCGUACGACAACAACAAAGAUAUGGUGUUAUGAGCCCCGCAGAACAAAUGAAGCGAGACCAAAAUCAAGGAUACUUCAAUGGUUCAAGUAACAUUAGCAUACCAGGCAGCGCUGCAACUAUUUCCGGAAGACGUCCCACCACUCCGUCUGAUCCCACACAACCACAGAUAGCUCGGCUAGCUAUUGGUCAUACUCGAGCCAAUCCCAGCAUUGACGGCUCACUUAUGGCUUCAUUGCCAACAAACCAAGAUGUCAUCAGGGUGAUAUCUUCUAAGGGUGUUACAAAGGUGGUCAAGGUUGCAGAUUGUAGCUCUUGUGACGAGGUGAUGCGAUUGACUCUGAGAAAAUUCGGCUACCGUGAGGAUCAUGAUCGGAACUAUUGUUUCUGGGUUCUUGCUGGUGUUGAUCCGGAUCCUAGCCAAUGUCGCCGAUUGCCAGAAGCUGAACUUUGGCGUAUCAUCAAAGAUCAAAAGAGGGCAGAAAGAAACCGGCUUAUCCUGCGAAAGAUACACGCAGGUGAGCCUGGCGACGACGAGCUACAGCGAGCCGCUAGCAUCGCGUUGGAGGAGGCUACAACAACUCAUAACCGCGCCAUUGAAACAUCCGAUAACAAACGAAGUCAACUCAAAGUUCAGAAAAUGCUCGGAGAAACCUGGAAUGACAAUCUUCAGCAUCCACUAUCUCCUGCCUCGUUUCAAUCCACUGGAUCCAACUUGUCCAUUACCGAGAGAGAACGUAACGUAUAUAAUGCGGCGAAGGAUCUUGAAAGGCCAUUGCCAGCUGACAUGAGGGAGAGCUCAAGACAAAAGGCGAGCAAGAAAGGUGGUGGUCUACGCCACUUCUUUGGACAAAGGCCUCCAAGUGAAUUGAUCACGUCAGAUUUGACGACAUACUUCCCUGACCAUCCUCGUGAAGAGAUUGAUCGUACUGCGAGGCUUUCACUGCGGAGAUCCACUCGCCUUAGUAAGGUCAACAGUCGAUUGAGCGUUGCCAGUAAUUUGAGCUUUGCUUCGAGCGUAGCUGAUGCGCCUCCAAUGCCAACGAUUGCCGAUACUUGGCUCAUGGGCAAUAGCCAGUUAGCAAAAAUAAGGCCAUUGGAUCUUUCAAGGGCAACUAGUAGUCGAUUUAGAGAUUCGGUGGCUUCCUCAUUGCUUGACAUCGUUCAAGAAGAAUCGCCAACCGAGCCAAAUCGCAAAUCUUAUGUCUCAUUUGCGACUGACAGCGGAUCUGACACUACCAAUGUUAAUGUAACUACUGACGAUUCAAGUAGCGUGAGAGAUAGCUACUUUGAAGACGGCAGUACAGAAGCUGGAGAUUCUCUGAAAGAGAUUACCCAAGCUCUAAAUAAUGAUGGAGAGGAAUUAGAUGAGGAACUAGAGAGUUUCCUGCAGGGUGAUUCUUGGGACGACAGUAAAUGGAUGAAGGGUGCACUCAUUGGUCAAGGUUCCUUUGGUAGUGUUUUCCUGGCUUUGCAUGCUGUCACUGGUGAACUUCUUGCGGUCAAGCAAGUCGAGACACCUUCGCCAAGUACAGACAGCAAAAAUGAUGCUCGCAAAAAGAGUAUGAUUGACGCUUUGAAGCGCGAGAUCAGUUUCCUUCGUGAUCUCCAGCAUCCCAACAUCGUCCAGUACCUUGGAGCAAGCUCAUCUGAUAACCAUCUCAACAUUUUCCUCGAAUAUGUCCCUGGUGGUUCUGUUCAAACCAUGCUUAAUUCCUAUGGAGCAUUGGGAGAGCCUUUAAUUCGAAGUUUUGUGCGACAAAUCGUUACUGGCUUGGCUUAUCUCCAUGGUAAAGAUAUUAUCCACAGAGAUAUUAAAGGGGCAAACAUCCUUGUUGACAACAAGGGUGGAAUCAAAAUCUCUGAUUUUGGAAUUUCGAAGAAGAUUGAAGCAUCAAAUCUCCUCAAUGGACCUGGCAACAACAAGAACCGACCUUCUCUACAAGGCUCUGUCUUUUGGAUGGCACCUGAGGUCGUCAAACAAACCGCCUACACACGCAAAGCUGAUAUUUGGUCACUUGGCUGCUUGGUCAUUGAAAUGAUGACAGGUACUCACCCAUUCCCUGAUUGCUCUCAACUGCAGGCCAUUUUCAAGAUUGGUGGUGCAAGAAUCAGUCCUACAGUACCAGAUGAGGCUAGCUCCGAUGCAAAGAUAUUUUUGGCUUCAACUUUUGAAGUUGAGCAUACUAAACGACCAAGUGCUGACGAGCUGUUACUCAGUCCAUUUUUGAACCCAAUCACUUGA